AUGCCCAUUGUUGAAUCUCAACUAUCGGAGAGUAGAAUUGGUUGUGUAUCCAACGAUGGACGAUUGAUACCUGUUGGCGACCAAGAAUAUAUAUCACCGACGAAUGCUUGUGAUGUAUGUCGAUGCGAAAGUGACCAAGAAUUCGUUUGUGAAAGCCGCUGCGAGGUUAUUGCAUUAGUGAGUAAUUGCACAGAUGUCGAAAGAGUGCAAGGUGAUGAUCGUUCUUGCCCAUGCUUUGUCUGUGCAGAUCAACAAGAUUAUUGGAAACAAAGAUGGGCUAAUCUAUUGCCACUUAGUUUCGAUACGACCACUUCAUCCACAAUGACUACAGAAACAACAUAUUCUACUACUCAAGAGGCUAUGACAACAGAACCAACCACGAUUACAAUAGACUUACCUGAAACAACUACUGUCAUAGAUACUACCGUAUCAUUGGAAAUAACAAACGCAUCAAUUCCCGAACUAUCCACCACGUCAGCAGUGGAAACUACCACGACACCACCUUUAGAGUUAACUACAACAGUAAUUCCAGAAAUAUCUACUGAGGCUACGAGAAAAAUGCCUGCUAUGACAACUACAGAAGAAAUCACUACCACGAUAACUACAGAAUUGCCGACUACUACUACUGCUGCUGAGGAACUUUUGAUAACUACCACCGAAGAGCCCACGAUUACUACCACGGAAACGUCUACAGUUGCAAUGACAACUACUACUGAAGAACCAACCACGACAACUACCGAAUUAAUGACAACCGUUAUCACAGAAGAAUCAACAACGUUAACGACGGAGGAACUAACUACUCCCACAACAACUUCUCCACGUACCAGACGUACUAGAAGGACUACAACAACGACAUCAACUGUCUCUACACUGACUACUCCAACCACCACUCCGACUUCAAAGACUAAAGUGACAACAGCAACAACUAUUACUAUUGCCACUGCUACUACAAUUAGUACUACUGCGACAAUAGAACCUAUUGUCACUUUGACGUCUACGAUAACUAGUACCAAGACGUCAACGGUUAUCUCUACUACUAAAAAAUUUAAAUCAAAACGUCCAUCGUUGUCAACUAGAAAGUAUAUUCCUACUCAAAGUUCUAGAAGAAAAACUUCAAGGAAAAUAACAGCAGUGACGACACCAACUUCACAGGCCCCAUCCUCCAGCGCGGAAAGUUCUACAACUACAAAAUCCACGAUUUCAACGACACCACGGGUGUAUUGGCUACCUGGCCCUAUAGGACCGCCCGGUGCUGACGGUAUGCCUGGCGCUUCGGGUGCACCAGGACCUGCGGGAUUAGUCUCAGAGUCAAAUGACGCAGAAACUACCGAUGGCAUCGAAAGAUAUCGAAAAGAAGAUAUUCGAACAAUGAUUCAACGUCACCUACUUACGCAUGUAUACAAUCCAUCACAGUUUUUUAGAGGUCGAAAUCCUAUGAUAUCCUCAUCACCUUAUAUUUCCUAUGCUCAACUACCAGCUGGUAUGCCAGGACCACCUGGUCCAGACGGUUUACCCGGUGUGGCGGGUUUACACGGUCUUGCAGGUGAAAAUGGCGUGCCUGGAGAUCGAGGUGUGCCGGGAGGUAUUGGUGUUCCAGGUUUACCAGGGCCAAGAGGACGACACGGAAGAAAAGGAUCUAUUGGACAACUCGGAAAAAAAGGUGAAAAGGGUAUUAAAGGAAUGCAGGGUGAGACUGGAUCCACUGGUAUGCCAGGCAGCGUCGGUAACAAAGGUGAAACUGGACUAAUUGGAGAAAAAGGACAAAUUGGUCAGAUAGGUCAACAGGGACGAAAAGGUGAUCUCGGAGAAGAAGGAGAAUAUGGCCCAACUGGAAUCGUUGGCCAUCCCGGAAGAAUUGGUUCCAUGGGUAGCAAAGGUGGUCGAGGAGUCAAAGGUCAACAAGGGCCACCCGGUUCAGUCGGUGAAGUGGCUGCUAGAGGUCGAAAAGGUGGAAAAGGAGGACGCGGCAUGAAGGGUGAACAAGGAGAACAAGGACCAGUGGGCCGAAGAGGUAAACCAGGUGUACAAGGCCCAGUAGGUCUUCCAGGUGACAUUGGCCUUCCAGGUAGCAUUGGUUCCAUUGGUCGAAAAGGUGAACAUGGCAAUAAAGGAUUAAAUGGUUCUCAAGGAUGGCAAGGAGCACGAGGAGAUAUUGGUAUGAAAGGAGAACAAGGUCCGAAAGGAAACCAAGGUCCUAUAGGAUUCAAAGGUGCGAGAGGUGACAAAGGUGAUGAGGGUGACAUUGGUCCACCCGGCAAUAAAGGCAAGAAGGGUGUUAAAGGCGAUAAAGGUAGUGAAGGACCUAUAGGGGGAAAAGGUGUCACAGGUGUUCAAGGUGCUGAAGGAAUAAUGGGUUCACGAGGAAAUAAGGGUGAUCGAGGGGACAAAGGUCUUCGUGGUCCAGAAGGAUUACGUGGCCCUACUGGUCCACGUGGUUAUGAUGGAAAACAAGGUCCGUUAGGCGAACAAGGUGAAAUAGGUGAUAAAGGCAACGAAGGAAUGAUUGGUGAAAAAGGUAACAGAGGUUUUUAUGGACCAGACGGUUUUGAGGGUAAACAAGGUAUCGAAGGAGCGGUUGGAAAUCGAGGGCGUGAAGGUAUCAAAGGUAUUAAAGGCGAAUUAGGAAUGAUCGGACAAAUCGGACCAAAAGGUAUUCAAGGACCCAUAGGAACAACUGGACUCAAAGGUGCACAAGGUGCUGUAGGUAUCCGUGGAUACAAAGGAGAACAUGGCGAUCGAGGAAUCACCGGCGAUAAAGGCAUCAAAGGCAUACAAGGAGUGCGUGGCCCACAAGGAGUUAAGGGUAUCGCCGGCGAUAGAGGACAGAGAGGUCCUAUUGGUUACAUUGGCAUAAAAGGAAUCAAAGGAAAUACAGGUGAUCGAGGUGUUGUCGGUGAUAUUGGCUUAUUAGGACCCCAAGGUGAAAAAGGUUCAAAAGGAAUUACCGGUGAUAUUGGACCAAAGGGCGACAUUGGCUCGCAAGGUGAUAUUGGUGGAACAGGUCCAAAAGGAAACAUGGGCAGUCAAGGUCCUCAAGGGCCUGUAGGACUACAAGGAGCUAUCGGGCCGCAAGGAUCACUUGGUAAUGUUGGUUUCAACGGAUCCAAAGGAAAUAAGGGUGUUGUUGGUGAAUUAGGAGAGAAAGGCAUUGAAGGGCAAAAAGGUGUUGUUGGGCCAGUUGGCCAGAAGGGUCAGAAAGGUAAUCGUGGACCGAUUGGUCCUAAAGGGGAACAAAGCAUAAUAGCAGAUAUCGGACCUAUCGGUGAAAAAGGAUUACUAGGUCCGGUUGGUCCUCAAGGUAUAGCUGGUAUUCAAGGCGACAUUGGAAUCAAAGGAAUUAAGGGUACGGUAGGGGUAAAAGGCGUAAUUGGUCCGAAGGGUCCGACAGGAAAUAAAGGUCCACGUGGUAGUAAAGGUAUCGUUGGUGAGCAAGGUGCUACAGGUGUAAAAGGUUACAGCGGAUCAAUCGGUUUACCAGGAUUGGCUGGAGCUCGAGGUCCUUCCGGGCUUGUCGGUGAGAAAGGCAGCCGUGGCAAUCGUGGAAGCCGAGGACCAACUGGGCUGACAGGUGAAACUGGAUUGAAGGGUGACGAUGGUUUACCAGGAAAUACUGGAUCUCCAGGAGAAGACGGAGCUCCAGGCAGUCGUGGCAAUCCAGGUCAGAGAGGAGCUCGUGGUGAUGGUGGAGCACCUGGCCCAUCGGGUCCACCCGGUCCUUCUAGUGCAUCACCUUCAAAACUAACUGCUAGUAGUGUGAUGAAUCUAUUCUCAACAAGCACACAAAUAGGGCAAUCAUACAAUAUACCCUCCGAACGAUUCAAAUACUUUAAUUCUCCUAAUCGAUAUCAAGACGGUCACGAUCCUCUGAGAACUGCAUCGGAAUUUCUCGAGGAUCUCAAACAGAUCUCCACCAGAAUUACUCUAAAAAUGAAACCUGAUGGUAGUGAAAUGCAUCCCGCACGUAGUUGUCGAGACAUUGCUGAUUAUCAUCCUGAAAAACCUAACGGACUUUACUAUAUUGAUCCUAACGAAGGUUCAAAAACGGAUGCUGUACUUGUUUAUUGUAAACUUACUGAACGUUUAACAUGCAUUAAUUCAACCAAUGGGUUUGUCUCCUCGAAAAUAUUCUCACACAAACCCAUAGUUUAUGGAAAACGUACGCAAUUAAUGCGUGACAUCUUACAACAAAUUGAAAUCCAUUAUAACAUUGAAACAAUUCAAUUACGCUUUCUCCGAAUGUUGUCUGAACGAGGUUCACAGAAUAUCACAUUCAACUGUCGAAAUUCAUUGAUUGACACAUCGAACCAUGAAAUUCAAUUACAAACGAAAAAUGGAAUGACCUAUCAAAUGCAUUCGAGCAACAAUCAUUCGUUGCAAUAUAAUAUUAUCAAAGAUGAAUGCAAAAACUAUCAUGGACAAACGAUUCUAUCCAUCGUAACGAAUAAAUCUGUGCGCUUGCCAAUAGUGGAUAUUGAAUUCUUGAAUUUAUUCAAUUCAAAGGACGACUUCGAUAUUCAGGUCGGACCUGUUUGUUUUUCAUGA